AUGACCAGUUUACUUCCUCGUUGUACACCCCCCCCCCCCCCCCACCCUUUUCCCGAUUCUCUCUGGAAAUUAUCUGAAUGUUUCUCCAUCCAGACAACUGUAAGAAUAAUCAGACACUUCACCAGUACGUUCUUUGUCUCUGAUCGCCCUUCAAAAAGACGCGUUGGUACAUUUGUUGUGGUUUACAUCAAUGUUCUUCAGCCUGUGGUGCGCGGACAUUUCCAUAUGACCCGAAAACAAAUUAUUCGCGUCCAAAUUCUGGAAA